AUGAAGGCUUCACAGGCUGAUCCUGAGGAAGCCCAAGGCUCCUGGUCGCUGAACGUGCGCUGCGGUGCUGCUACGGGGACCAUCCAUCUGAAGGACGAUGGCAUGUUUUCAUUUACACCCGAUCCUACCCACGGUGGUGGUUACCACGAACAAAGACGUGUAGCAAACACACAGGCAAACUGCGAAAACAAAGGUAGGCGAACUAGGCGUGCCAAUGCACGUCCACACAGGAGCCCCAUCGGUUGGCUGUUCCGCCUUUUGCGACGACCUGUACAACACCAGGUCAUACCCGCCGAUCAGCUGCUUGGGGCCCGCCUUGAGUCCCCCUGCACCCUUACCGUGUGGUUCGCCACCCCGCACACCGCCCGCAUGGGCUGCGUCACGAAGCACCUCUUCAGGGUUCGCCAAACACCCCGGUUCGAGGCCAGCGACCCACUUGCCGCCUCGGAGCUGGUCGCCCGUGUCCGCCGAGCUGCCAGCUGGUGGGGUCGGGACACGCCACCCCAUGUGGCAGCUAUCAUAAACCCCAAGGCCGGUCGCGGCGGCGCCGCCGGGCUGUUCCACGGCCGGUUGCUGCCGCUGCUGCGCGACGUGGCGGGCUUGCGGGUUUCGGAGCGGCUCACAGAAGCGGCAGGGCAUGCGAGUGCGCUGGUGCGGGAGCUGGCGUUGAACGUGGCAGGCGGCGGAGUAGGAGGCGGAGGAGAUGGAGGAGACGAAGGAGGAGUAGGAGGAGGGGCGGGGGAUGUACCGGCAGCGGACGGUGUCGACCUGAUUAUGUUUGUGGGCGGUGACGGCACUCUGCAUGAGGGGCUGCAGGGGCUUUUCCAGCGACCGGAUUGGGAAUCCGCCCGGGGCAUCCCCCUUGUGGCCAUUCCCUGCGGCAGCGGCAACGGCGUGGCUGCUAGCUGCGGUCUGUGGGAUGUUCCCACGGCCGUCGUGGCGGUGUGCCGCGGACAGGUCGCACCGGUUGAUGUCGCUUCGGUGCUACAGCCGCCCGACAACCGGUACUACUGCCUGUUAUCAGUCGUGUACGGCGCGAUGCUGCCCUGCCUGCCCACUCGCCUGCCGGACUCCCCUUCCUCGCUGCCGGGAGGUUGGCAGCAGCUCGCUGACUCAUUCGCCAUCUUUGGCGCCUACAACACGCAGUACGUGGCGUUAGGUGCGCGGGCCAACCCGGGGGGCCUUAUGGCUGAUGGCGCGUGGGAGGUAUGGCAGCUGGCGGCGCAGGGCCGGCGUGCUGGCGCGGGGCUGCGACUGCGCUCCCUAAAGGUGCUUCUGGGAGUGGAGGACGGCAGCUUUGCGAAGGCGGCUGGCGUGAUGCACGUGACCAAGGCCCGAGCGCUGCUGUUCCAGCAGCGCGACGAUUCCACAUGGACAGUGCUGGACGGGGAGGCAGUGCGGGAGGCGCCGCUGUACCUGGAGGUGCAUCCGCGGCUGUGUCGGCUGCUGGUUUCGCCCGUGUUUAGGGAGGAGCCCCUUUAG